UGUCGAGUUGACCGCAAUGUGUAUAAAUCGCUCACCGGUGGGAUGACCACAAUGCGUAAGUUCCACUUCGUUUUUAAAAUAUAAUUCACCUAGGUGAGAUCUAUGAAAAAGAGAUUUUAAGAAUCGCAUCAUGAAGUGCUGGGACUCCGUUGCCGCGUAGGAGAAGCAGCUAGGGGAAACUCUGGGUCAAGGAUUCAAAGCAUAAACAGGUAGGAGGAAAUCAGAUCAAAAUAAGCCAGAUUCUUGGCUUUCAUCUAUGGCAAUCAGGUAAUGUAAACUUCUUCCUUUUGGUACAGAUUAGAGGAUAAGAGAUUUAUUUUGGAGUAAAAUUGACGAUUCCAACAAUGGGUAACCCAGCAAAGCACUCAUUCAUUGAGCUGCAAAUGCAAGACAUUUCCCUUGAAAGUUCUGAUGGGUAUUUGUCCUCAAAGUCACGGCUUACAGAAGAGAAUGGGAAUGAUAAUGACGUUCUCCCUCUUCUGCCAUCGGAAUCAGAAACAGACAGAGAAAAGAAGUUGUCCAGGGAAUCUGGCAUUCCAAGUGCAGUAUUUAAUCUGGCAACGAGCGUAAUCGGCGCAGGGAUCAUGGCGUUACCUGCCACCAUGAAAGUUCUGGGGCUUCCGUUGGGUUUUACCUUAAUAAUAUUGAUGGGUUUUGUGUCAGAGAUAAGCAUUGAGAUUUUGGUUAACCUUUCUGUUGUGCUCAAGGCUUCCACCUAUGGAGAAGCUGUUCAAUCCACUUGUGGGCAUGUUGCCAGAGUGGUAUUAGAGGUUUGUAUAAUUGUGAACAAUGCAGGCAUACUGAUUGUGUAUUUGAUUAUUAUGGGAGAUGUCAUGUCAGGGUCUUCACAGCACAAGGGGAUUUUCGACGAAUGGAUCGGUAGGCAAGGGUGGUGGGGUAACAGGAGACUUAUAGUUUUAAUUACCAUGCUCUCUGUUUUGGCUCCUCUCUGUUCUCUUAAGAAGAUAGACUCACUGAAAUUCACAUCAGCUGCAUCUGUGGCUCUUGCAGUUGUUUUUGUUGCUGUGUCUUCAAUUGUUGCCCUCAUCAAGCUUGUAGAGGGUAAGAUUGAGAGACCUCGGUUGCUUCCCAAUGUUGGAUCCAGAAGAGCAAUUUUGGAUCUUCUUGUGGUCAUCCCAAUCAUGACCAAUGCAUACAUUUGUCACUUCAAUAUACACCCUAUUUACAACGAGUUGCAGGGCAGAACCCCAGCGAAAAUGAAUAAGGUUGGGAGGAUCACUACUGUACUAUGUAUAUUGGUCUAUGCAUCUACAGCAAUUUCAGGUUAUCUUCUGUUUGGGGAGGCCACAGAAUCAGACGUCCUAACAAAUUUUGACAAAGACCUUGGAAUUGCAUUCAGUUCUAUCCUUGAUAACAUUAUCAGGGUUGGAUAUAUUCUUCAUUUGCUGCUUGUUUUUCCUGUGAUCCAUUUUUCGCUUCGGCAAACAAUGGACUGUCUAGUUUUUAAAGGAUCAAAACCUCUUUCGGUGAGCAGAAACCGUUUUUUUAUUAUGACUACGGCUACUUUGGCUUUUCUUUAUCUUGGAUCUACAGUAGUUCCGAACAUCUGGGUUGCGUUUCAGUUUACAGGAGCAACCACGGGCCUCUCUUUGGGUUUUAUAUUUCCAUCUUUGAUAGCUCUGAGAUCCAACCAACAAGAGAGAAGGUUGGGUUUAGGAAACAGGAUGCUGUCAUGGACGAUGCUUGCAAUGGCAUUGGUUGUAAGUAUCAUAGGAGUUGUUGGAAAUGUGUUCAAUCUUACAGUGAAAAAUGACUGAAAACAUCAUAGAAGCAGGUCUAGUAUGGGCAGUAAUCUGGCGUUUGCAAACUUUACUGGUUGUUCGAUAUCAUUAUCCUAAAUUUUCCAGGCUUGUUAUUUUUUUAUGGCCUCAUUGACAUCAUUCUAUGGUGCUGGACACACUUUCAGAAUGCAGCAACGUAGAUAUGCAUGGAGAUACAAAAGGGCCCUUGAGGAUGGCAUGUAAGUACAGGCUCAUUGUAUGUGAUUGAGAACUAAAUUUACAGGCAAAUUGUUCUCUCGGCUCAUGUAAUCUCCAAGUGUAAUUGGAAUCUUUGAAGGAUGUAAUAUUAUUUGGUGAAAAAUCAUUAUUUCAUCUUAAAUAAAAGAUAUAUACUGAGACCGGUGCUUGUCA